AUGUUUAGUUAUUCAGGAGUGAUUGUUUAUAUUUUUUUUUUUUUAAUUUUGAUAUUCCAAUAUUUUUGUAACAAAAGUUUUGAAAUUAGCAAUAAAAAUUUAAAUAUAGUAUCAAAUUUGAUAGGUGCAAGAGUAUUAACAGAACAACAACUAAGUCAAAUAAUUAGAACAGUUAGAUCAAGUAGUGAUAAGCCAGAUAUACUUGUUGAAUUACCUGAAUUUACUCAGGAAGUUCUAUUUGGUAUGUCGGGAAAAUUAUCAAGUAAUUUCACAGGAGAUAAUACUGUAGAAUAUACUACUUGGAUGAGUAACAAAAAUAUUGAUAUUGUGAGAGCAUUAAAUACUCAUCCAGAACCUAAUAAUAAAUCUAAUUUAAAUAAUUUUGUUUAUCUAUGGAGUAAAUUAGCAGAAGAUUUUAUCUUGUAUACCAAAGUUUUUAGUAUUUAUGAGGUAAUGUUAAAUGGUAGGAUUUCUAAUAAUGAACCACAUAUUAUACCUGUAUUAUCAUCCAAGUUUACUCCACUCUCUUCGACUACUUCAUCAUCCACAUACUCCUCAUCAAUCACACCUGCUACAUCAGCAAUUUCUUCGUUAGUAAAUAAUAAUUUAUCUGAAAUAGUAACAAACAUUUCUUCUAUAUCUACAAGUCUAUUUAAGAAAUUACUUACAUUAACACCUUCAAUUGAAACUGAAACUAUAAUUACAUCUGAGAAUAAUUCAUCUUUAUUAAUGCCCGUAGAACAUAGUAAUUUAUAUAAAGAAUGUUUUUGGUUUUUCUGUAAUCCAAAAAAUUUUAUUGCUUUAUAUAUUCCGCUUGUUGUUGUUGGAAGGUUAUUGUUUUUUAUAUACCUUUACAAUCAUACUCAUAUCAGAUCAGUGUUAGGGGAAAAUAAUCCAAAAAAAGAAAAGGGAAAAAGGAGAAUGCAUAAAAUGGACAAUGGUUAUAAUAUUCAUGAGAACUCAGAACUUCCUGAUAUAGACCCAGUUUGA